CGCCGCGUGAGAAAGGUGUAUUGUCUGAUGCAUAGAGAAGGUUGUCUGGUAUUCUGAGAUAAGGUCGUCUAGUGUUGUCUACUAUGUCGCUAUGCAAAUCAACGCAGGGUAUCAGUUGUCUCUUCACCCAUAAAACCAUUUUUACCUCUGUCUACUCAGUCAUUAUAUAAACCCGUCAUUGACUACAGUAGUUCAGUCAGUGACGACUCUGAAUCCGUUUGGAUCUGUGUCUCACUGUAAACAUUGCACCGACUCUGAAACCGUGAGGACCUGUGUGGCCAUGCAGUUCGUUGGAGCGUCAGCGCAAUCUCGGAUGACCAUGGCAGACACAGUUGUACCCCACGUAAAAGAAGAGGAACGGAUUUGAACGGACUUCUCCGCGUGCACACAGGUGUAGUGAGUGUGGCAAGGAGUUCCGUUACCCGAGUCAACUAAAGACCCAUAUGCGGACCCACACAGGAGAGAAACCGUACGUGUGUGGGACGUGCGACAAGGCCUUCGGUCAGCUAACGACCCUGACGACUCACAUGCGGACCCACACCGGGGAGAAACCGUACAUGUGCGGGGAGUGCAACUCACAGUUUACUCAGCUGUCUCAUCUGAAGGCACACAUGCGGUCUCACACAGGUGAGAAACCGUACCCGUGUGAGCAAUGUGGCAAACGUUUCGGCCAGCCAGCUCAUCUUAUGACUCACAUGCGAACUCACACAGGGGAGAAACCGUACAUGUGUGUGAAAUGCGGCAAGAAGUUCAGCAGGUCACAUGACCUUAAGGAGCAUAUUCGGACUCACACUGGGGAGAAACCUCACCAGUGUAAGGAGUGCAGCAGACGGUUCACCAGGUUGGGUGAUCUGAAGGCUCAUGUGAGAACUCACACAGGUGAAAAACCCUACAGGUGUGAGAAGUGCUGCAAGCAGUUCAGUAGAAGUGUUGAACUAAAUACACACAUGAGAACUCACACUGGGGAGACGCCCUACACGUGCGAGGACUGCGGCAUGCAGUUCAAUAAACUGCGUCGUCUGAAAGAGCACAUACGGACUCACACUGGCGAGAAACCGUACAAAUGCGAGGUAUGCAGCAGACAAUUCAGUGUCCCGAGAACCCUGAAGAGGCACAUGAUGACCCACACCGGUGAGAGACCGUACGUGUGUGAAUAUUGCAACAAAAGGUGUCGUCAGUUAGCUGAACUGAAGAUUCACAUGCGGAUACACACCGGCGAGCAACCCUACAGGUGUGAAGAGUGCGGCAAGCAGUUCAGCGAGCUGGGUAAUCUAAAGAGACACAUGAGAAUACACACAGGUGAGAAACCGUAUCUGUGUAGUGACUGCGGCAAGCGGUUCGAGAGGAUUGAUCACCUGAAGAGUCACAUGCGGACUCACACACAUGUGUGAAGACUGUGAUAGGUAUGGCCACAGAUUGGUAAGCAAAGACAAGGACACUAUGAAACGGAGGAUUGUACCUUCCUUAAUGUCAUUUCUGAAGUUCUGUUUAAUGGUAAUCUAACCAUCAUGUACGAAAAAGACUCCUGUUUUGCUAUUUGAGGAUAAAAAGUAAAUGAGUCGAUUUCUGCUUUAUACAGAUAACCAAAUGCCUUGUACAGGUUUCCACUUUGACAGAAUUGCAUGGCUUUUGUAAAUGAAACGUAGUUAACUUGCUUCAUGUACAUAUGUAUUUGUAUCUUUCAAUGUUAAAUAGUCACAUUGUGUUUGACACAUCUCUGUAAAUAUACAAGAUCAUUAGCGUCUACAAUAAGUUGUACCAAAAAUGUGCGACAGAAAUACAUUAUGUACAUUCAAGCCAGUAUUCUUAAUUAGUUUUAAAACAUGUUUUCCUUAUGUUGGUUUCGUCAAUAAAUCUCAGGACUUGA